UGUAGAUCGUGGGAUGGGAAGAUUUCUCUCAAGUGCCGCUCGCCGACGCUGUCUCCUAUCUGCUCCAUUUAAUAUUCUAAGGCUAUUUCCAACGCCGCAGCUCCACGGAGUAUUGCGAUCGCUGGAAACACUAGCUUAUGAGGAGAUCCGGGUCUCCGAGCGGCCCGUUAAUUCCACAGCUUUCGUUCUUCAUGGGCUUCUCGGAUCGACUAGAAACUGGAGGACCUUCUCAAGAAGUCUUGCCUCUGAACUUCAGAAAACUUCUCCUUCUAAUGAAUGGAGGAUGGUUCUUGCUGAUUUAAGAAAUCAUGGAAGAUCGUCUGGAAUUAGAGGGCUUGAUCCUCCCCAUGAUAUGGCAAAUGCAGCAAGGGAUCUAGCUAAUCUGGUGAAGUCUCACGAAUGGGAGUGGCCAGAUGUUGUCAUCGGACACUCCAUGGGUGGAAAAGUUGCCCUAGACUUUGCAGCUAGUUGUGCUCUUGGGAACUACGGGGAAAAUGCUGUUUUGCCGAAACAGCUUUGGGUGUUGGACUCGGUUCCAGGAAAGGUCGGUUCAGAUGAAAGUGAUGGUGAAGUAGAAAAGGUUUUACAGACUUUGAGUAGUCUUCCUUCAGCCCUUCCGUCACCAAAUUGGCUUGUCGAUCACAUGAUUGAACAUGGAUUUUCCAAGUCCCUUUCUGAGUGGAUUGGGAGCAACUUGAAGAAGUCGGGUGAUGGAUUAACCUGGACUUUUGAUCUUCAGGCUGCGAUUGCUAUGUUCGAUUCCUACAGGGAAACAAGCUAUUGGCAUUUACUGGAGAAACCCCCAAGUGGAAUGGAAAUUGUGAUGGUUCGAGCUGAGAAUAGUGAUAGAUGGCCCAAGCAUGUGCUUGACAAGCUGUUCUAUUUAUCAACGAAGGUAAGGAAAGCAGACGAGGGAAAGCUGACAGUUCAUCUUCUUCCCAAGUCUGGUCAUUGGGUUCAUGUGGACAACCCUAAGGGAUUACUAGAGAUAAUGGUGCCCAAUUUCAUGAUGAAGUUCUGAAUCUUUUGCACAAGCAAUUGUUUCCUUCGUCUUCUUUUGGCUUGAAUAAAUUGACAGGUGCUCGCUUCUCAACGUAUUUAAUUUCAUGCCUUGAACUUCUGUUUUUCUGCUUCUUGACAGAUUUUUUAUGUUUCACUUUUGUUCACUGUUACCUGAGAAUAGAAUUUUUUUUUCCAGCUUAGUAUCACAUUUGAUAUCGAA